AUGCAUUUGACAUUACACAUAUUAAUGACUUUUUUCCUUCCAUAUGCAUCUUCAAUCGUCUCACAAAUUCUAACUCCUGUCUCGAUUUUUGAAGAAAGUCCUAUCUCCACGAUUGUCGUCGAUCUUCGACCGACAUUUCAGACACUUGGUGUUCACCCCGAUCAAGCAGUUCUACUUCAUAGUCAACCAAGUCAACCUUUUGAAUACAUCAACGGACGUAUUCGAUUAAAGUCACGUUUAGAUCGUGAAGAUUACGUUCGCAAACGUUUGUGUGUCGGCGGCAAUGUUCUUGAAUGUAAUUUUACUUUAACAUUAACCGUAAAUCUUAAUCAACCACCAUUUAAUUAUAUUUUGUCUCAACCAAUAUCUUGUCAUGAUAUCAAUGAUGUAAUUCCGAAGUUUUCACAAUCGGAAUCGACAAUAUCCAUGGCAGAAAAUGUCCCAAUCGGACAUCGCAUUCCGCUGGAGAUCGCGGUCGAUCUCGAUUCACCACCAUAUGGAAUCGAUCAUUAUCGGUUAGUUACAUAUGAAAAUCACGAGCAGCAUCAAUUUUCAAUUGUUUAUGAUAAUCAAAGUCGAGAGUUGGAAUUAGUUGUUAAUGAGAAAUUAGAUCGAGAAAUAAUCGAAAAAUACAUUUUUAAAUUAAUGGCAAUCGAUCGAGGAUAUCCACCGAAUAUUGGAACACAAAUCUUAACAAUCGAAAUCAGUGAUAUUAAUGAUUCCCGACCGAAAUUUGAAUCAGCAAUUUAUAAUGUAACCGUUGCUGAAAAUACUUUACCCGAAUAUCUACUUAAAAUCCGUGCCAUCGAUGCAGAUACUGGUCCCAACGCUGAAUUAGUUUACACACUUGAAAAUGAUCACAAUGGUCUAUUUCUACUGGAUAAAACCUCAGGAAUUCUAACAUUAACUCAUUCUCUUGACUAUGAAUACCACACAUCGUAUCAACUCAAAGCUGAAGCUCGUGACAAUGGAUUGAAUUCAUUGAGUGAUACAUGUAUUAUUAAUGUUUAUGUUCUUGAUCAAAAUGACCAUGCACCCUCGAUACAGAUGAAGUUCAAUCCUACAUUAGAACAUAAUCGCGAUGGAACGAUGGCUUAUGUACCUGAAACAUUCGAUAUAAAUCUACCCUUAGCUUUCGUUAAUGUCCAUGACCAAGAUUCUGCAGAUUACGGAAAGGCACAAUUAACUAUCGAGCCUAAUCGUUUGUUUUAUCUUGAAAUCAUUCGUCCAAAUUACUAUUCCGUGAAGUCCUUACAUCGGCUUGAUCGUGAAAUCGCAUCGAAUUACCAAAUCGAACUGCAUGCACGUGAUUUCGGUCAACCGAGUUUACGUCGUUCUAUGACAUUCGAUCUGAACAUCACCGAUGUUAAUGAUCAAAGACCAAUCUUUCCUUCCAACUAUACAUUUGAAAUCAGUGAGAACAAUCAAAUACCAAGUGUGAUUGGCCAAGUCAUUGCUUACGACGCAGAUCAAGGUUUGAAUGGACAGAUAAGUUAUUCAAUCGAUCCUCCAUCAUCGUAUUUUUCCAUUUCGUCAACCGAUGGAAUCAUUUCAACGAAUACAACAUUUGAUUAUGAAGUCAAUCGUCAAUAUCAUUUGCAAGUUCGAGCACGCGAUGCAGGUCAACCACCAUUGGAUACAUUUGCUUUGGUUAAAGUGAAUAUCCUUAAUCUGAAUGAAUACUCACCUGAAUUCGAAAAGAAGACGUAUCAGUUUUUUAUCAAUGAAAACUCCACUAACAAAUCUUCAACAUUUAUCGGACAAGUCAAAGCAAUUGAUCUUGAUUAUGGUGAUCAUGUGGUCUAUUCCUUGAAUGAUAAUGAUCAUUUGUUCACUAUCGAUCAGAAUGGUAAUCUUCGGACAGAUGCCACAUUCGAUCGAGAAAUUCAAGAUGAAUAUAUCGUCACCGUCAUGGCAACCGAUAAUUCAACAAUGGGCUCAAUCGGAUCAGCGACAGUGAUCAUUAAAAUUCAGGAUGUUAAUGAUAACUAUCCCGUGUUUAUUUGGCCUGAUUCUGAUGAAAUUCGUCAUAUUCUCUCCGUUGAUCAUUCUCAACGUACAGAUCCAAACAAUCCGUUAGCACAGUUUUUAACCGACAUUGUCGUUGGUGACGACGACAUCGGCAAUAACUCGGCAGUUCAAUUAUCGAUUUCGAAUAAUGAUUUGUUUUACAUCGGUUCAAACAAUUCCCUCUGGUUGUACAAUUCAUCGAUAUCGCCUGGUACAUAUGAUAUUGAAAUUGUGGCAAAAAAUCUCGAUUUAACAACGAAAAAGAUAUUUCACGUUGUUAUCUAUAAUCGCAAUCCAUUUCAAUUGAAUAUCUUAUCGAACAUGCGUCAGACAUUUUCACGUUUUCCACUAUUAAUUAUCAUUGUUUUAUCGUUUAUCGCAACUGGUUCAACGAUAUUUCUACUCAUUUAUUACCUAUGGAUGCGUUUACAAUACAGUCAAAAUGUUAAGAAACAUUUAUAUGGCAGUCGAUUGAUUGUGAACGAUGAGGAUAAAUCGAAGGAGAGCAGUCCCCAAACUAAACUAAAUAUUUUAUCAACAAAUCAUGAUUAUGCUGUUAUUGUUAAACAAAGAAAAAAUUCACAAAUACCUUCUGGAAAUAGUUCGUCGACAACUGAUGUGGAUUUUUCUUCGUCCUUAUUAUCGUGUCCAUUCAAUGCGAUUUCUUCCUCGUCGACAGAUUUGAAUUCUUUUCAACCGAAUCCUCCAUCGUCAACCGUAUCAGCAUUGACAACUCUAACACGAAAAGCAACACGCCGUCCACCAAUGAAAAACGUCAGUUUCGAACCCACUCUAAUCAAUCCUGGAAAUCACCUAUUCGAUGAUGUUUUUCAAUAUCAUUCACCAUACUAUCAAGAAACAACACCAUCAACAUUCAGUACUCUUCCCAAACAAACCAAACGUGAUCUAUCAUCCCUAGCCGUCAGUAAAUCAUCCAAUCAAUCGAAUCUUCGUGAUAUGCCCAAAACUCAUCAAGAUGGUUUUCCGACAUUACAAACUGUUUUAAGUUCUUCAACUAAUGAAACAUCAACAAAAUUUCCUCAACCACCACCUCUGCUCAAUGGUAUACUUCUACUCGACCAAAUGCUGACAAACGAUGAGAGAACUCAAACAUUGUCACCAUCAAACAUUAGUAAUAGUGGAUGGUAUAAUGUUGCAUCAAAUUAUCAGACAAAAGCGAGUAUUGUAUAA